GCCAGUUUGAAAGCUUAUCAACUCAGUCGGUCAGAAAUUGUCGGCGAGCUACGUUGCGAAUUUCGGCAUCGAUCCGGAGUAACCUCCGGCAGUUUCCGGGUUUCUGUUCGAGUCGAAAAAAAACUACUACCCCCCCUCAGUAGCGGUGGGGUGCGUGUUUUCGCGUGUGGGUUGUUAUCCGAAUCGUGCGUGUUCGUUGUGUUGCCUUUGGAAGGUCGCUUCGUUCAGAUCUGAUGCUUGUGUUGUUGUUUACUUUUGAGGCAAGUGUUUUUCAAUCGAAUCGCCGGUGUUUGCGGGAUGCAAUUGUAAUGAAAGCUGUCUAUUGAAACCUAAUCAGGAGAGCUAUUUGCUGAAACAAUUGUAACUUUUUAUAUCUUGAUAGUUGUUUUAGUAUCUUGUGAGAAAAUCAGUCACACUGACUAACAAUUCAUGUUGAUUGAGAAUUGACAAAACGAAUGAGAUUUCGCUUCCACAGGACAACUUAAAGUGAAUUCUUAUUUGAGUUCCGAGGAAACUCGAGAAGGAAACUGACUCGCUCGGGAACCCAAACGAGACUCGAAGGCAGUGAAGAACCGGAGGUCGCAUCCAAAUGAAAUUCAGAAGUUUCAAUAUGGGAAGUUUGUUGAAUUCGGUCACGCUAUCUCUGUGAAAAGCGAAAACUGGAAUUGGAUGCUGCCGGAAUCGGAAUCAUUGACCCGAACCAAACGUGAAGUGUGUGGAAUUGUAGUUUCUGUUGUGUAAGAGUGAUAUUAGUACGAGAUUAAAAAAGUAGAGGAAUACAAUUUAGAGGAAGUGUUUUGUGUAUAGACAGCAUUAGAUUUGAUUAUUUUUCGAAGGAGUUCACAAGCUACAGCUUUCGGAAAGUGGUUCGUUGGCAUCAUUCCUUGUAUUACAGUCUGAACGUUAAAAAAACCAGCAGUGAUUAUAGGCGGUACGACAAGCGGACAAAAAUUAAACAUCAAAACAAUGACUUCCCCACGAACAGCAUCCGCAUCGGCGGUAAAUCUCGCGACUCAUACGCUAGUGCUGUGCAUCAUCACGAUCAGUUUCCUGCAGCCCACCGUGGCACGGAGCUAUGAAAAGGAAACCCACCGGAAGGGAAAAUCAGCGCAGAUCUCUGCCCCCCAGCCAACCAUCACCACCCAGCUGGUGGAUCUGUGUUCCGAGGACAUCAACAUGAAGUUGGCCUGUCACUGCUCACCGGAGAACCAUGCCAAGGCUCAGAAGGCUUCGUGUUCGAUUUUCGAUGGUGAACUACCCCGGAAGGAUGCCAAUUGGUUGGCCUUCCACACGCAAACCAGUCUGGAGCACCUGAAGUUCACAGUUCGAAAAUCUGGUAACCUAACCUACAUUCCGUCCGAUGUGAUCUUUACGCUGAAGAAACUGCGAACGUUGACCAUUGAGUACGGGAUCAUCUCCGAUAUUUACCCGUACGCAUUCGGCAACCUGACCGACCUGCGAGUGGCCAAUCUGCCCAAUAAUCAGAUCAAAACUUUGCAUCCGAACGCCUUCGCCAACCAUCCGGCGUUGGAGGAAAUCGUGCUGGAAAAUAAUGACAUCCGUAAGAUCGAUCGGGAGGCGUUUGUCAAUUUGCCUCUGCUGAUCAAACUGAAUCUGGCCAACAACAGUAUUUCCGAGCUGCACGAUAACGGUUUCAUCGAACUGUCAAAACUGGAGGAACUGCGACUGGAGCUGAACAUGAUCUCCGUGUUGGCAAAGGAGUACUUCAAGGGAUUGGAGAAUUUGAAGAUUUUGAAGCUGUCGUACAACGAUGUGAACUACGUUGGUGCCACCGUAUUCGCCGAUUUGUGGAGUCUGCACAUGCUAUUUCUUGACAGUAACAAGAUUGAGAAAUUGGACGAACGAGCAUUCGACGGUUUGAACAACUUGCGCUAUCUGCAUCUGGAGAACAACCGACUCGUAACCCUGGAGAGUGGUACAUUCACUAGCGUUUCGGCUCUGCUGGUACUGAAUUUGGACGGAAACUCUCUGGAGACGUUAAGCUACGGUCACAUUGUGCCACUGAUGGAUAAUUUGGUCAACAACAGUGCGCUGCUGUCGAUACGUGACAACCGAUUCGUGUGCGAUUGCCGCCUGGCCUGGGUGUACGACCUCAGCAAUCGGACCCGCAACGAAGACCUGAAGGAAAAUCUGCACGCCAUGGAGUGUACCCUCGGUGGCAAGAAGAACUACUACAGCAGCGGUGGCUCCCAGCAGCAGACUCAAGCGAGCCUGGACAAUACCUUCUCGGAGAACGAGUUCGACGAGGACGGUGACUACAUUGAGGAUGCCGCCCUGGAGAACGAGUCUACGGUCGAGGAGAGACCCGAAAUCGUCAGUCUGUUCAAGCUCGGCAAGGAGCAACUGCCCUGCCCGGAGGAACUGGUCGGUCCUACCGAUGGACCAAAUCCGCGGGAAUCCAAGGGACUGCUGGAUCUACCCUGGGGCCACUCCGGUGUCAGCGCAAUCCGGCCGACCGACAGCCGAAGCACGAUUGUUUGCAUCGCAGCGAUUCUCGUCUCCUCCGUAGGCUUAGUGAUGAUCUCUAGUGUUAGAUGGUAAGCUCGCUAAUUUAUUUUCCGCCUGUGUAUGUAUUAGACAUAAGAGCAAACAGAAAAAAAGACAAAUAUUGAAACAGAGAAACAUGAUUUUAUUAGAGAGACUCCGGGGAGAAUUGUGUGCUACCAAAAAAAUGAAUAAAAAUAAUAAAAGAAAAUAAAUUAAUGAUUAAAGAUGUAAUGUAAAUGGUCCCCGAAGCUGAAACUCACCCUCACGAGCCGACCUAGAAAUUACCUAGUGAAACCAAACACGGAGCGUACGUCUCCGGGCAAACCCCCUGAUCUUUAUAGCUACUUCUCUUUUUAACUGCUAAAAAAUAGAUCUAAGCUAAUGUAACGAUAAAAGAUUAAGAAAAAAAAACUAAAUAGAUUCUUCUACACAUUAAGCAAAAGUGAUGAUCAAGUGAGAAAUUAAGAUAUUGAAAGGCGGCGACCUGUUGUCGGAGCAUUCGAGGCAAAAAAAAACUCUUUAACGUAGGGGAAAAACUCUCAACUCUCUUCAUUGUAAAGGUGAAAAGAUUACCCAGACAGCCGGGACACAGAAGAAGACAACAAUGAAUUUGAACAUCUACUUUUUAGAAUUAUUUUUGAUAAAGCAAUAAAAAAUUGAUUUUCAAACCGAA